AUGCUGAUCCAAUCAAAUGAGAUACAAAGAUAUAAAGUUCAAUUACAAGAAUUUCUAACUAAGAAAUUUACUGAUCAGCAUUUAUUGAUUGGAUUUAAUACUUUAUUACAAUCCAAAUUUCAAGGCUGGAUAGUCAAUGAUUUGAAUGAUUAUUAUAAACAAUUUGAUCCGAGUCUGGCUAUUACUGCUGCUGCUGCUGUUGCUGCUGCACCUGAGUUUAAUACAAUGAAAUAUCUUGAAAUCCUUUGGAAUGAAUUUCAUUAUCCAAUUAUAAAAUAUUUUCAACAUCAACAUCAUUCCAUUUUUCAAUCAAUUAAUGAAGAAUUUAAACAAUGUCAAUUAAAGAAUUUAGCUAAUCAAUUUAAAGUAAAACCAAUUGAAAUUAGAAAAGUUAAUGAUAAUUUUAUGAAAUUUUCAAAACAAAUUUUUCAAUUUUAUUCAAAUUUAUUAAAAUAUUUUACAAUUAGAUUUAAGAAUUCUUUCAUACCAAAUGAAUUUUUAAAUUAUUUUCAAUUUUCAAUAUCAUCAUUAUCUACUAAAUCAAUAAUUGAAUGUAAUGAUAAUAAUUUCCAGGCUAAUGUCUUAUAUUUAAUACAUAAAUGUUGUUUAUCAUUAGGAGAUAUAUGUCGACAUCAAUCAUAUAUUGAAACAUCAUAUGUUAAUCCUUGUAUUUCUAAUAAGGCAUUUUUCAAAUUUAGAUCAAUGACAGAUAAAGAACGUAAUCAAGAAUUUUUUCCAAAAUAUUCCAAAUCUAUUCAAUAUUAUAAAUUUGCGAUAUUAUUAUUACCAGCAUUGAAUGAACCAUAUAAUCAUAUUGGGAUGAUUUAUAAUUUAGUUGAAGAUAAAUUUAAUUGUAUUUAUUGGUUUCUUAGAUCAAAUUUCACGAGAAUACCGGAAUAUAAAUUAGGUUUAAAUAAUUUAAAUACAAUUUUAAACAAGCAUUGGUUUUUAACUGCAUUAGUUGAUUGUGUAAAUUCAAAUCCUGAAAGAAAAUUUAAUAUUCAAGAUAAUUUAAAUAUUUAUUUGAUUUGUUUAAUUGGUUAUUUUUAUUUACCUAAACAAUAUAAAAAUGGACCAAAUUUAGUUAAAAAAUUAACAUUUUCAAAAAUUGAAACAGAUUUCUUUAAAUUAUUAAAGAGCAAAUUUUUGGAUUUAAUAAAAAAUGAUCAAAAUGAAAUUAAUUUUAUUUUAAAACAAUUGGUUAUAUUAUUUUCAUUUUGCAAAUUACAACAACAACAACAACAACAAAAGCAUGGUGAUAAUGAAGCGGAUAAUGAUGAAUUACUAAACAAAAUGAUAAAAUUUACAUUUAGAUUUAUUGAACAAAUUUUAGAUUGUUUUAAAGCCGCAAAAUUUCACGAGUUAAAAAUUACUAAUAUUUGCAUUUGUUUGAGAUUUAUUUUGAAUUGGUUAAGAGAGAAUAAAAACAUGUAUUUAACAUUUGAAUCCCGUAAGAAGACAAUGCAAUUAACAAUAUCAAUAAUGAAUAAAUUAGUUGAAUAUCAACAAAUUAGUCUUCAUCAAGAUAAUAUCAUUAUUCAAAAUCGUCCAGAAAGACAAUAUUAUUUUUGGGAAGAUGCUCAUUUCCGUGAUUUUCUGUUGAUUAAAUUUCAAUUUAAAGAUUUUAAAGAUGAUGAAUUAUUUUCCUUGAAUAAUAUAAAUUAUUUAGUUGGUGAUUAUUCUGAAUUGAUUAAUAUUGAAACUUCCAUUCCAAAAUUCUUGAAUGAGCAAACUCAAUCAACACUUGUUGAUAAGAUAAAGCAAUUCCCUAAGAGGAAAGCUAAUCUUAUUAAGACAGCGAUUGAGAAUUAUGAAAAUCAAUUAAGAAUACAAGCGAUUUUGGUAUUGGGUAAACGAUUAUUAGAAGCUUCUACUAGUUUUGAAUGUAUAUUUGAUGUGACAAAAUCUCGAUUUUUGAUGAAAGAAAUACCAAAGAAACAGAUUACUUUGAAUAAGGAGAAUAACAUCAAAGAAAACCAGAAGAAUAACGAUUUAAGUGAUAAGACUUUAGGUUCUGGUAAGAAGCAAAUUGAGAAGAAUCAAUCUGAAGUAUCCAAUCGAAUUGAGAAAUCAGAGAAAGUCAAAGGUAGGAAAGAGAAAUCUAAAGAGAAAUCUAGAGAGAAACCUAACGAGAAUUCAAAAGAGAAAUCCAAGGAAGAUAAUUCCAAAGGUGAUAAAUCCGAGGACGAGUCUCAGGUUGCUAAACCUCAAGAUGACAUUGCCAGGGAGGACAUAAUAUUAGUGCCAGAAUCUCCAGAAUCGGGACAUGAAGGAUUUACAUCCCAACUGCCACGCGUAGUUGUUCCUAACUCGUUAGAGGAGAUUGAAUCAUUUAUAGCUAAACAUAGCAAUCAACUUGUUUAUGCAACUGCUGGUAGCUCCACUAGUCCAGGUAUAGAUCAAGUCGAUAAUAUUGAAAUUGAUUCAUGUUCUAGUCAGGCUAUUCCUGUAGAUUCACAAAAGGAUUUCCAAGAUAUGGUUGAUUCAUUGGUAGAAGAUGUUGAUAUGAAUAAUGAAAAGCAUGGAAUUAGAUUCCCUCUGGAAACUUCAAUUACCAGUGGGAUUCCAAUGGGAGGCAGUACAAACAUAUGGAAACAACACGAUGCUGUGACUCAACCGGCAGUCCAACUGCAGCAGCCAAUAGCACUAGGAUUCAUGCCUCAGCCAUUAUUUAACCAAGCUACACCGGUAGUAUUUCAUUCACAACCAGUCGGAACACCAAGUAGUUUCCAACAACCAUUCGCAAACUUCUAUUCUCAGCAGGUGGGAUCUCAACCACAAAUGGAUGCACAAAAUUUACAGCCGCAGUUUGUUAAUCCUCAAUUUCAACCAUAUCCGUCUAUGCCAUAUCAUCAAUACCAACAACAACCUCAACAACAACCUCAACCACAGCAACUGGCAAUAGCUCCAGUAGGAAUGCAAAACGUCAAUCGCUUUGGUGCUUCACUUAGUCCGUUUAUGUAUCCGCCACCACCAAACCCACAAAAUGGGAAUAGUAAUAAUACUAAUAAUUCGGAGAAUCAAACUGGUUAA